ACACCGACACGCUCGAACGGCGAGUUGAUUUCGACCGCGUGAGUCACGAAAUAGAAUAAAGAUAGAAAAUAUCAACAUGGAGGAGGGUGGCAAUAACGGAGAGACCAAGUUAGGAGGCGAUAAAAAAUCAUACGCCGGAAUACCGGAGGCAGACUUUGUGGAAGAUGUAGACGCAUUUAUGGCGAAACCAGACAACGAAGGGUCGGUGGACAAGGUGUUAAAGAAGCUGGACGAGCAGUACAGUAAAUAUAAAUUCAUGGAAUGUAAUUUAUCGAACAAACGUCGGAGGCUAAGAACGCAAAUUCCGGAGCUAGAGCGUUCUCUCGAAAUGAUCGAGAAGCUUCAGGCGGAGAAGAACAACAGCCAGGAUCUAGAGACGCAGUUUUUGCUGUCGGAACAGGUCUUUGCCAGGGCUCUGGUGCCGCCGACUAACAAAGUUUGUCUCUGGCUAGGGGCCAACGUGAUGCUGGAAUACACACUGGACGACGCCCAAGAGCUUCUAGUCAAAAACAUCGAAGCUGCCAAGAGAAAUCUCAGCUACCUAGAGCAUGAUUUGGACUUUUUGCGCGAUCAGUUUACAACGACGGAAGUCAAUAUGGCUAGGGUUUAUAAUUGGGAUGUUAAACGUAGACAGGCUAUGAAAUCGACGUGAAGUUUCUUUUUAGUUUUUUUUUUCCCCCCAGGAUUUGACAAAUUAAUAUCGUCGCUCCAGGAACUGAUGGUGUUGUUGCUUUUUUUUUUUUUUUCUUUUUUUUUUUCUAUUAUUAUUUAAACUCACCUUGCUUUGCACGCAACUGUGCAUUGAAAAGAACAAAUUAAAGUUAAUUCCUCAGUGGAAUUUCCAUUAACAUAAAAAGUUAUCGUUAUAAAAAUAUGAACGUGUAUAAAGUCGUGGUUUCGAUUCAUUGUUUUCAUAUUUGAGGAGAACGUUUGUAACAGUUUUUGCAUAUC